CCCAGUUUGAGCCAGACUGAUAAACCAGCCUAAGAUUACUGAGCAACAGCUAAAGCACUUGGAUCAAGGACUUGAAAAACCUUCAGAGACAAGUUUCCAAAUGGUUGUAAACACUUCAGAGGGUGUUGUCCAAAACCCAAAUCCAGCAAGCUAUCCUGACAGCAACCUUUUGAAUUCAAGUGACUGCCCUUCACAUCGGGAAUGGGGAUGGCUGUAUACUAUGCAACCUGCUUUUAUGGCAGUCAUUUGUGUCCUGGGUGUUGUCGGAAACGCAUUUGUCUUGUGUGUCUUCUGCCUGCGCAAGAAAUGCUGCACGGUAGCAGAGAUCUAUCUGGGCAACCUUGCAGCAACAGACUUGGUGAUGGUGUCCUGUUUACCCUUCUGGGCUGUGACUGUUGCCAACAAGUUCAACUGGGAGUUUGGAGAACUUCUCUGUCGUCUUGUAAAUGUAGCAAUCAGUUUAAAUCUGUACUGCAGCCUCAUGUUUCUGGUGUUGGUAAGCAUUGACCGCUAUCUGGCCCUAGUGAAAACGAUGUCCACAGGGAGAAUAAGGCAUGUAACCUGGGCCAAAGUGAUCUGUCUCUGUAUCUGGGCAUUUGGUUUUCUUAUGAGCAUGCCAGUCCUGCUGUUUCGGACUGUAAAAUACUUCCCAGAGUUAAACAUUACAGCAUGCUACCUUGCAUAUCCUCACGAUGCCUGGCGAGUCAGAUACAUGGUUACCAAUAUGAUUGGAUUCCUUAUUCCCGUUGUGGUUAUCGCCUUUUGCAGUUAUCAUAUGAUCAAAGCCCUGAACAAUAAUGUCAUGAAAAAAUUCAGCUCAGUCAGAAAAGAAAAGAAGGCAGCCCACUUGAUCCUUGCUGUGCUUCUGGUGUUCUUCUUCUGCUGGCUACCAUUCCAAAGUGUAAUGUUUCUUGAUGCACUUUAUUUUUUCAAAAUUAUUUCAGGAUGCCUUUGGGAGGAAGUACUUGAUGUUGGCAUCCAGAUCUCUACAUAUAUAGCAUACAGUAACAGCUGUCUAAACCCUAUCUUGUAUGUUUUCGUGGGGAAACAUUUCAGAAAGAAUGCAAAAGACAUGUUUAAGCAAAUAUUAAGAAAGGGGACAAAUGCUAAAGGUUCACAAUCUAGCCAAGCAGUUUCUUCUAUGAAAACCCAUGUGUCUAAUGUGUAGCAACAGGAGAUCUUGUAUGUUACAGGCUCUUAAGACAUAACUUGCCGAACACAUGACAGUGCAGAGUUAGGGACAUGUUCUUUCAAAGAAAGUUCAAUGGCAUUUAAACCAUAAUUAUUUAAUGGAUACAAUUUAAAUGCAUUAUUAGAUAUGCUGCUGUGGGAAAUUGGGAGUCAGGAAAUAGAGUUGGUGAUCCCCACCUAAUUGUAUGUCAGUAAGUUUGAACGGACUGGUCCACAUUUCUAUGCACCUAUUGGUUCAAGUUAUGCCUAACAAACUGUAGCAAUACUGGUAAAUGUUAUGAGGCUGUUUAUUUUAAUUAGAAUGCAUAUUUGUGUAUGGUGGCAUAACUUAUUGUUAUCACUACAUCGUGGUGAAUAGUCAAUUGAUCCCAGCUAAUUACAGUUAAUUUCUGUCUGCAACAAUGAACAAAAUGCAGGCAAAAGCCCUAUUGAAUGAUUUAAUGAAUGCUGGCAAUUAGAUCUGACACUGUUAGAUCAACUGAAUAGCCACCUUGUCAUUACACACUAUUAUUUGAUUAUGUACAACUGCACUACCUAAAUCAGUUUCCUUUUUAGAUGUUGCAUGUAUUUAUUUGUUUGAUGUCAUUUAUUGAUGUAUUUAUUUACUGUGAUUUGUUCUUUGGAAAGAUUGUGUUUUGUCUCAUUUACAUUUGAAUUAGCUGAACAUUUUCUAAGCAUAUAGCAAUACAUUGAUAUUGCUGGGAAAUAUAACAACCAUCUAAUCUCUUCAUACUUCUAUUGGUUAAUGUAUUUCCUGCAUGUACUCCUGCAGAGACCUUUCAGCAUGUGAGUGUUUUUGUAGCCACAACCAUUCAAAUUCAAUUUUUUUUUUUAUAAACAUCUAUUUCAAUAAAAUGUACAUGUUUUAUAGAUUUAUAGAUUUUUUUUUUUUUUACUUUGACAGUAAAAUGCAUUAUUGUUUAUAC